AUGGCGCUCGAAGAGUACACCUACGUCUUCGUCAUCGGCACCUUGUUUGCCAUGCUUGAUGCCUACAACAAUGGCGCCAACGACGUUGCAAACUCCUGGGCCACCAGUGUCUCCUCCCGGUCCAUCUCCUACAGGCAGGCCAUGAUCUUCGGCACCAUCUUCGAGAUGCUGGGAGCCAUCACCGUCGGCGCCCGCACCGCCGACACCAUCAAAAACGGCAUCAUCCCCAACUCAGCCUUCAAAGGCGACGCUGGCGUCCAGAUGCUCGCCUUCACCUGCGCCCUCGCCGCCGCCUCGUCGUGGGUCAUGUGGUGCACCCGCCACUCCGCCCACGUCUCGUCCACCUACUCGCUCAUCUCCGCCGUCGCCGGCGUCGGCGUCGCGACCGUCGGUGCCUCCAAGGUCCAGUGGGGUUGGAACGACGGAAAGGGGCUCGGCGCCAUCUUUGCCGGCCUGGGCAUGGCCCCCGUCAUCUCGGCCGGCUUCGCCGCCACCAUCUUCAUGCUCAUCAAGCUCGUCGUGCACAUGCGCAAGCGUCCCGUCGAGUGGGCCGUCUGGACCUCCCCCUUCUUCUUCCUCAUCGCCGGCACCAUCUGCACCCUAUCCAUCGUGUACAAGGGAUCCCCCAACCUCGGCCUCAACAAGAAGCCCGCGUGGUACGUCGCUGCCGUGACCAUGGGCACCGGCGGCGGUGUCGCGCUCCUCUCCGCCAUCUUCUUCGUCCCCUUUGUCCACGCCAAGGUCAUCAAGAAGGACUACACCGUCAAGUGGUGGAUGUUCGUCCAAGGCCCCCUGCUGUUCAAGCGCCCGGCCCCUGCCGAUGCCGACCGAGCCAAGGUGCCCAACUACGCCGUCGUCCAGGACGAGCAUGACGACCAGACGCUGGCCGGCUCGCCCAUGUCUGUCGGCGAGGAUGGCACCCACAAGGCCGUUCCCGCCGAGGCGCCUCUGACGGAGCCUGCUCAGGACCACGAAAAGCUGGCCGCCAAGGCCGAGGCCACGCAGGCCACGUACAAGGAGCUCGUCGCGCAGGGCGAAAGCCGCUUCCACGCGCGCCUCAUGGAGAAGCGCGGGCCCUUGGGCUGGGCUAUGCGAACCCUCCGCGACAACCCCAUGGGCGCCGGCCAGAUGUACGAGCUCCACAACAUCAAGAUCCUCGCCAAGCGCAUCCCUGCCAUGGUCGUGGUCGGCGCGCUCUACGGCCUGCACUACGACAUCCACGCGGCGCAGACGGGCAUCGCCGGCACCCCUGAGGGCGACCGCAUGCAGCGCGUGUAUGCGAACGCCGAGAAGUACCCCAACGAGGUCGAGCACACCUACUCGUUUGUCCAGGUCCUCACUGCCUGCACCGCCUCCUUCGCGCACGGCGCCAACGACAUUGGCAACUCGGUCGGCCCAUGGGCCGUCAUCUACUCAGCCUGGUCUACCGGCAACGCGGCUGCCGCUAAGGCCCCCGUGCCGGUCUGGCAGCUUGCGGUUCUCUCGGCCACCAUCUCGCUGGGUCUCAUCACCUACGGCUAUAACAUCAUGAAGGUCAUGGGUAACAAGAUUACGUACCACUCUCCGAGCCGAGGGAGCUCCAUGGAGAUGGGUGCCGCCAUCACGGUCCUGGUCUUCUCUCAGUUCUCCCUCCCCGUGUCGACGUCCAUGUGUAUCACGGGCGCGACGGUCGGUGUCGGUGUCGGUCUGUGCAACGGCACGCUCAAGGCGGUCAACUUUCAGCGAGUCGGCCUGCUGCUGCUGUCGUGGAUCAUGACCAUUCCCAUCGCCGGCACCAUCGGCGGUGUGCUCAUGGGGCUGUUCCUCAACGCGCCCCAUUUCAAGUAG